AUGGAAAAAGAGAGGCACGAUAAGGAGAGGAACAAUAAGAGUGACUCUGAUACUGAUUCAGAUCAUGGUGAGAAUUUGAAGAACUUUAUGGCGUUUACAACCUUGGGUUCUGUGAAGAAGUCUGCGGCGGAAUCUGUGUCAUCGUCUGUGUCAUCAUCUGUGUCAGGGUCUACACGUGGAGAUGAUGAUGUUGCUGGAAGUGAGGAUGAUGCUAAGGGCUUCGAUCUGGCUAAAAAGUAUGAGACAUUGUAUGCACAAUGGUUCACGAUGGUUGAGGAUAAUUCUAUUUUGGCUAAGGAGAAAGUCAAGCUAGAGGCUCAGAUUGGUGAAGCUUUGAAACAUGCUUCAGUGAAAGAAGAAGAAGAAGCAAGACAAGCUAGAGUUCAACUUGAAGAAACUCAGAAAGGUCUGAGGAUGCUUAAUACUGGUACAGAUCAGUUGGAUCAUCUUCUCAGCAUUGGGCAAAGUGAUCGGUGUGGUCUCGGGUUCAAGGGUAAAUCUUCUAAAGGUGAAUGUGUUUUUGUGUCUACUGGCACAACAGAGAACGUAGCGACAUAUGCUACAAAACCAGCUGUUAAGAGUUCAAGAGGAACUAUAACAGACGGUAAAGCUGCUACUGAUGAUGUGAAGGUUGCGACUGCUACUGCGACUGCAGUAAAGGCUUCUACUGUGACUGUCCAAGGACUGGCCAAGGUAUUUCAAGCUGUUGAGGGAGAAACAUCAGAUGAAGCAAACAUAUGGUAUGAGUGUGGUGGGCUUAAUUCUGGUCAUAAAGCUAAUCAUGGAGGGAUAAGGCUCAUGGAUACGUGGUCUGGAAGAUCUGGUCAUUAUGGAGAUGGUGGAAUGAGUUUCUAUCCUCAAGUUGUCCGUUGUGGUGUGGUGAUCAAUCUGUACGCUGGUGUUGGCGUGCUCGUUGGUAUCCGUGCGUUAGGUUCUGACGUACUCGGUGACGUACUUGGGUGA